AUCUUUUAAGCAUACAAGCCAGAAGGGAUUUAGAACUGACAGCAGUUAAACGGUUAUGUUAAAGAAUAUAUUACGGAACCAUAGAAUGUAAUAAUUUUAAGUGCAUUACAUCAUAAGGUGUGUGUUUGAUUUCGUUACGGACACGAGGCAAGUUUUAAUUCAAGUUGUUUGGAAGAUUAAUUGCUUUUUUCACUAAUACACUUAUAAUUGCCUCGGCCAUUCAAAUGUUUAACCUUUUUAAAGUGCGGUCCAGAUUACAAAACAUUUUGCAACGUAACAUAACCUCAAAGAACAUGUGAAGUGUAAAUGUUCAACCGAUAAAACUAAUAAAUAAACAAUUGAAAAAAAUCAAGUAAACAUGGCUACCGAUAAACAAAACGAACAGCAAAAUAUUAAAAAAGCAUUAAAUAUAAAAGAAAAAAUAACAAUAAAUAUUGAUAGCUCCGAUGGCGCGAAACCAGACAAUCAUAACCUCAAAAUGGAUGAACCAAAUGGAGUUAAUAAUGAUAAAAAUAAACUGGACAUGCCGAAAGAUUUAUUAGGAGUUCCAAGAAGAGAGCAUAGGAGAUCCUUCAUGGAAGAAGAGAGUGCAAAAGAAAGAAGGAGGUUAGUUCUCUUGAAGCAAUGCUCGGCUAUACUGAAGCAAGGAGAGCAGAAGUACACCAAGGAGUCUCUUCAUAAAACCUUUCAGGAUGAGGAUCUGCUGGACAGGAUAUUCCGCCUGUUCGACGUGGACGGCAGAGACUACCUCGUUCAGGAAGAUUGGAUCGAGCAUCUUAAGGAAAGACUUCCUGAGGAGAGACAGCUGGAGCUGGUGGAGCAGGUGGAAAGUGUGGCGUAUGCGCUGUGCGGUGAUGGACCUGUAUGCCCGGCCAUCUUCACACGUAUAUUGCGCAACAAAGUGGUAACCAAGAAAUUAUUCCGCGUCGUGGACAUUGACGACGACGGUUACGUUACAGCUGAGGACGUCAUGGAGUUCAUUGCUUCCAUUUCUAGCAGCAGACCACGCGUUGGCAUCGACAAGCCGAGCGUUGACCGGUUGGAGCAAUUGUUCCGAGACACCGCCGGAGACCAGAAAGAGAUCACCAGGGACCAAUUUAAAAAGAUUGUCGUCUCCAAAAAUCCAUUCUUCACGGAGCGUGUGUUCCAAAUCUUCGACGAGGACGACUCCGGCAGCAUCUCGCAUCACGAGUUCAUCGCGGCUGUGCACCGCUUCGGCCGACAGACUCCUGAUGAUAAAAUCAAGUUCUUGUUCAGAGUUUAUGAUUUAGAUGGUGAUGGUCUGAUCCAGCACCGAGAGCUGCAGCACGUGAUGCGCGCCUGCAUGGAGGAGAACGGCAUGAGCUUCAGUGACGAGCAGCUGCUGCAGCUCACCGCCGCCAUGUUUGAGGAUGCAGAUACCGAGCGGCGCGGCGCCAUCACAUACGAGGCACUCCGUGACCAACUCAGCAAGCACGGCGGACUACUAGAGAAUCUCUCCAUCAGUAUAGAUCGUUGGUUGGUCCCGCCUCCGCCAGAACCUCAGUCGACUUCUUGGCUACGGCGGCUGUACAGCAUGAAGCCGCACCAGCUUUCGUGGCCAUACAUUAAAAAUAACCAGGUCUUCCUCGGCUACCUGGCUCUGUUCUUCCUGGUCAACCUCGCUUUGUUUGCUGCGAGGUGUGUGGAGUACAGGAACGCCAAUGGAUUCGUCAUGUUUGCAAGAGCUUGUGGUCAGUGUCUAAACUUCAACUGCUCGUGGGUGCUGGUGCUGAUGUUGAGGCGCUGCAUAACGGCGUUGCGCGGGCGCGGGCUUGGCUCCGCGCUUCCACUCGACCACCACGUCUACUUGCACAAGCUCACCGGCGUCCUCAUCGUACUCUACAGCAUAUUACACACCAUCAUGCACUUGUGCAACUUCAGUCUGAUAGUGGUGAACGACCCUGUGUUGAACGCAAACAACUACACGGUGUGGGAGUGGGUGGGCACGACGCGACCCGGCCUGUUCGGACUGGUGGGCGGCGUGGCGAACCCAACGGGUCUUGCGCUGGUGGUCGUGCUGGCCAUCCUCGGCACCUGCAGCCGGCCCGCCGUUAGACGAGGGGGGAGCUUCGAGGUAUUCUACUGGACUCACCUGCUGUAUAUUCCGUUCUGGAUCCUGGUGAUAUUCCACGCGCCCAACUUCUGGAAAUGGUUCAUUCUGCCCGGCACUAUCUACAUUAUUGAACGGAUCAUGCGAUUGGCUUGGAUGAGGUCUGAAAUCGGGAAGACAUACAUCUCGUCCGGUAUACUGUUGCCGUCGCGUGUUACACACUUGGUUAUCCGGCGGCCGCCGCUAUUCGACUUCCACGCCGGAGACUACGUGUUUGUCAACGUGCCCGCCAUCGCGCGCUACGAGUGGCAUCCCUUCACUAUUAGCAGUGCGCCUGAACAAGCUGAUCACGUGUGGCUGCACGUGCGCGGUGUGGGUCAGUGGACUAACCGGCUGCACGAGUACUUCGAGCGCGAGCACCGCCGCCUGCACGCGCCCGACGUGCCCGACGCGCAAGACGCGCACCGUAAGGUGAGCCGCACGUUGUCGGGGCAGAGCGCUCGGAGCGCACGCAGCGCGCGGCGCAGCUCCGCUGGGGGGCGCUCCGGCCGCGGCAAGCUCUCUGUCGACUUCUCUCCCAACUCUUACACCAACGAUGCCUUCUGCAUCGAUGAGGAGCCAGAGGAAACUCAUAAGGAUGCAGCGCCGGUGGCGCUAGCAACGCGCGCGGCGGCCCUGCUGUCGCCUCUCCGGCUACUGGAGAAGUCUCGCUCCAUGCCUGAUAUGCAGAGCGUCGCCAGACAUGGUGUUCGCGACUACACGCGCUCAGAGUCCGAGCUGGGCUUGUCGUGUGGGGAGGCGCGGCGCGCGCGGCUAGCGUCACUGGCGCGCUCACCUCGACAUCGCGCGCUGGCUCACAGCUUCCGCUACAUGCGCACCAAGCCGCCCAUUGUCGCACUCCACACACCCAACCUCGACGACAACGAGAGGAGACGCUCCAACGAUAGUAUACUCACUAUAGCAAGAAGACGUCUAUCCAAAAGUCUAUCACCCGAUAAGGAUACGGAAGCACAAAACGACUCGAAAAUUAACACCGCGCCCGACCCUGACACUGCUAACGAUGCUAGCGAUGAUUAUCCUGUUGGGAAACCGUUAGAAAUCUACCUGGAGGGUCCGUACGGCGCUGCCUCAUCGCACAUCUUCCGCGCAGAGCACGCGGUGCUGAUCGCGGCGGGCAUCGGCGUCACGCCCUUCGCCUCCAUCCUGCAGAGCAUCAUGCUGCGCCACCGCGCCGCGCGCGCUCUUUGCCCCCGCUGCGGACACACCUGGCACAAUGACGUGCCCCACUCCAAUAUGACGCUCAAGAAGGUUGACUUCUUCUGGAUCAACCGUGAGCAACGGUCGUUCGAGUGGUUCGUGUGGCUGCUGUCUCAGCUUGAGAUGGAGCAGGCGGAGCGCGCUGGAGAGCGAGAGGAGAGCGAGCGGCUGCUCGACAUGCACCUCUACAUCACCAGCGCGCUGCAGAGACACGACAUGCGCGCUGUCGGCUUGCAGCUAGCACUUGAUCUGCUGCAUGAGAAGGAGAAGCGCGACCUGAUCACAGGCCUGAAGAGCCGUACGAGCGCGGGUCGGCCCAACUGGGACAAAGUGUUUCAAAGGUUAAACGAGCGGCGCGCAGGCAAGGUGACUGUGUUCUACUGCGGUCCGCCGCGCCUGGCGCGCACACUGCGCCUAAAGUGCGAUCAGUUCGGCUUCCACUUCCGCAAAGAGGUGUUCUAAGACCAUUCUACAUACUCCACGUAGACCAUUUAUAUCUUAAAAGGAUAUCUUUUACUUUCUCGUGAUGGUCGAAUGCUUUUUUUUAAGAAUUGUGGAAGUUUGUGAAAAAGAGAUUGAUACAAGAAGAUCCAUGUUUUAAGACGCUAAUUAAAAGAAUGAGUUUUAGAAAAUUAAAAACAAACUUACUUUACAGUGUGCCUUAGUCGUAUAUUCUAA